AUGUCCAAAUUCAUCCCCAUAAACAUAACGCUUUUGGUGACUACAUUUCCCAGAGAGCAUCGCUUUCGCCUACAGUACAUUCUGUUGCUUAUCCGGGGAUGUCACACCGCUGCUAUUUUCUCCCCUCUGUCCCUCUCACUCUCAGCCUACAGCUCCAGCAGACUGACACGGGCUUUCGGAUACACAGAAAUCAACAAUAGGACUCGAGACAAACAGAGGCCGAAAAUGGCAGAGCUGGGCUCGGGAAGCCUGCAGUUAGGAGACUCUGUUUUUAAUUACCAGGAGCGAGAGCUGAGCGAACGGUUAAAACGUCUCUACCCGGCUGUAAACGAGGAAGAGACCCCUUUGCCCCGAUCUUGGAGCCCCAAGGAUAAAUACAGCUACAUCGGACUGUCACAGAACAACCUGCGGGUGCAUUACAAAGGACAUGGAAAGAACCACAAAGAUGCAGCAUCAGUGCGCGCCACACACCCGAUCCCAGCAGCCUGCGGGAUCUACUACUUUGAAGUAAAGAUUGUCAGUAAAGGUCGAGACGGGUACAUGGGCAUCGGCCUGUCCGCCCAGGGAGUCAACAUGAACAGACUGCCUGGGUGGGACAAGCACUCGUACGGUUACCAUGGAGAUGACGGUCACUCCUUCUGCUCCUCUGGGACGGGCCAGCCGUACGGGCCCACGUUUACCACGGGAGAUGUGAUUGGCUGCUGCGUUAACCUCAUCAACAACACCUGCUUCUACACCAAAAACGGCAUCAGUUUAGGUGUUGCCUUCACAGACCUCCCACCCAACCUGUACCCCACUGUGGGGCUACAGACGCCUGGUGAGAUCGUCGACGCUAACUUUGGCCAGCAGCCGUUUGUCUUCGACAUCGAGGACUACAUGAGCGAGUGGCGGGCCAAGAUCCUCGGAAUGAUCGCACGAUUUCCCAUUGGCGAGCGGCUGGGGGAGUGGCAGGGCGUCUUGCAGAACAUGGUGUCCAGCUAUUUGGUGCAUCAUGGGUACUGUGCCACUGCAACAGCCUUCGCCAGAGCCACCGAGACCAUGAUCCAAGAAGAUCAGAGCUCAAUAAAGAACAGGCAAAGAAUACAGAAGCUGGUUCUGGCAGGACGGGUGGGAGAAGCCAUAGAGGCCACUCAGCAGGUUUACCCGGGCCUGUUAGAACGCAACCCGAACCUGCUCUUCAUGUUGAAAUGUCGUCAGUUUGUGGAGAUGGUGAACGGCACGGACAGCGAGGUCUGCUGCUUGACCGUACGCUCGCCAAAGUCCCAGGACAGUUACCCCGACUCCCCCAGCCUCAGCCCCCGCCACGCAGCCAGCAACACACACGUGCACAGUGGAGGAGCAGAUAGCCCCACCUGCAGCAACGGUGUCACCCCUCCCAAUAAAUCCAAGAGCCACAGUGUCAAAUACCCCAGUCCGUCCUCCUCCGCCUCCUCCUCCACCUCCUCCUCCCCUUCCUCCAUCAACUAUUCUGAGUCCAACUCCUCAGACUCCACGAAGAGCCAACCCAACAGCGUCAACAGCAACCAGGAAACCAGUGACAGCGAGAUGGAGGUCGAGGCGGAGCAUUACACCAACGGCAUUGUGGACGGGUCAUCGGCCCGGAUCACGAACGGCACGUACAAACACGAAGAGAUCCUGCAGAUGAACGACAACAGCAUCGGCAACGGGGUCACAGACGACGGCUGCGUCAACAGCAGACAGCUGUGUGGCGGGAACCAGGCGGCCACGGAGCGGAUGAUCCAGUUCGGACGGGAGCUGCAGGCGCUCAGCGAGCAGCUCUGUCGCGAGUACGGCAAGAACGCCACGCACAAGAAGAUGUUACAGGAUGCCUUCAGCCUGCUGGCGUACUCGGACCCCUGGAACUGUCCCGUGGGCCAGCAGUUGGACCCCACCCAAAGAGAGUCGCUCUGCUCCGCACUCAACAGCGCCAUCCUGGAGUCUCAGAACCUGCCCAAGCAGCCGCCGCUCAUGUUGGCGCUCGGCCAGGCCACGGAGUGCGUGCAGCUCAUGGCCCGGGUCCAGGCCGGUUCCUGCUCCUUCGCCAGAGUCGACAACUUUUUGCACUAGCGCAGGCUCAGCUUCAUGUUAAGUAGCACUGAGAAGGCAUGUCCAGCUGGUGGUUACCAUGACGAUGAAGAGCACAGAGGAAGGUGCUGAGGAACCAGAGUGAAGAAAGCUCCCUUUUUACUUUAGUAUUAUCAAAUAAAAUUUGUGUGACACUAUUUAAAGAUAAUUAAUAUUAUUAUGUUUUUAGAUUUUUUUUUCCAAUUGUUCAUCUGUUGACCUCCUGUCUUUUUUUAAAGUUUUUUUCAUGCUUUAACGGCAGACUUCUCACACAAUCAGUAUUUUCUUCUCAUUUUCGCUCCUGUUCAUCAUAUUCCACGACAACAUGCCAAUAAGCCAGUCUCCAUGGCGACCCUCACACCUGUAGACCACCUGAGCAAUACCUGAGGAGCAUUACAUUAUUUUUAAUAGGUCUGAGAAAAGCUGGACUGGAGCGGAAGUGCUUUCAGGGUUUGAAGCUCAGCGUGAGAAAGCUCAUUAACGUCAGACAGGACUGACCGUAAAGAUGGAAUUAUUCCACCACAGCGGAGUCUACAGUUUUUUUGUUUAAAUACCGAGCAGCGUUCUGACAAAGAAGGGAGUUUAAAAGGAAAAACACUAAAUGUAAUUGAAGCUCCUGUGCGUCGGGGGAGCUGGCAGGUCAGAGGUGUCGGAGCCUUAAUUUUACUGUAGCAGCCACUGUCUCAGCCAAUCAGCUGUGUGGCUUGCAGGUGGCAGCGCGCGAUCCCGCCUGCACCUACGACACCCGCCUUCAAGGCUGAGGCUAACACUAUUAUCAUCUGCAUCAAAGGCAGACUAACAAGCACAGUGUGCGCACGUCAAAAAGUCAAGUCUCCUCCGGGGAUUUCAUUAUUGCCGGUUCUUUCGCUCCGAAGCUCGACGUGCUGCGCGUGAGUGCAGCUACAACCAGCAUUUCAAAUAAAGAGGCCAAAUUGUCCAACCAACAGAGAGCCCAUAAUUUUAGACUCCGCUUUGUGAUGAUUAAAUCACUUUUUUUGGGGGGUUCCAACAAGGAUUUGUUGGCUGGAAGAAAAAAAACCCUGAUUGUUUGGAAAUGCUUUUUAUUUUUGCCUUCAAACUUUUCUAAGAUAGUCUCUUUGUCCCUGAGUUUGUUACAUUUUUUGUGCAAUAAUAUCACAAACUAAAACAUACUUCCUGGUUUUAAUCCUCCGCACCAAAAAUCCCCAGAACAAAAUAACGAUGAGAAGC